UCUAAAACCUUCAUGGUAAAACCUAAGCUAAGUGCAGCUUUUCAUGGCAAGAUAAAGACUUUUUUGUAGUAAAACCUUUACCUGAAAAUAAUGAUCAAGUUAGACGUUAUCUGGAUGGAAUAUGAAUUGUGACAAGAAUACAAAAUAUCAACUACUGAUGGACUAUUAUGUUUUGCUCGGCUGUGAGCGCCAUCUAUAUUACAAUAAUUGCAGAAAAAAUAGUGUAAACACCUACACUGCAUCCACCGGUAGUUAGUACUACUAUUACCCCCACUGAUUGUCAU